UACAUGCAGGAACUGCAAGAAUACACGUCUAUGUGAAUAAUGCGUUUACUUAUUCACACUGCAACGAGGUUUUCGGCAACAUUUCUACAUUGUUCCCAACUCCGUCGCACAUCUGUAAUUCCAUCCGUUUCCCUUCAUUUGAGAAAAAUGGCGCAUUAUUUAACGGAGGUGAGAGGACGACCAAACUCGCCUGACUACAGGAUUUACUUCAAAACUUCAGAUGGAAAGUACAUAUCCCCUUUCCAUGAUAUUAAUCUCUAUGCAGCUGAUGAUGAACAGGAAUGUGGUGUUCCGCCAAAGAAAUUGAAGACCAAUGAGGUCCUGUUUAAUAUGAUUGUUGAAGUUCCUCGCUGGUCGAAUGCCAAGAUGGAGAUAGCCACAAAGGAACCUUUAAAUCCGAUCAAGCAAGAUGUAAAGAAAGGAAAGCUGCGAUACAUAGCCAACAUUUUCCCACACAAAGGUUACAUUUGGAACUAUGGUGCACUUCCACAGACAUGGGAAGAUCCCAACCACAGCGAUAAAGAAACGAUGUGCUGCGGAGACAAUGACCCCAUAGAUGUGUGUGACAUUGGCUCCAAGGUGUGCGUCACUGGACAGGUGAUUCAGGUCAAAGUUUUAGGAAUUCUGGCUUUGAUAGAUGAAGGAGAGACUGACUGGAAGGUUGUAGCCAUCAACAUCGAGGACCCCGAUGCUUCAAGCCUUAACAGUAUUGAGGAUGUCAAGAGGAAUAGACCUGGUCAUCUUGAGGCUACGGUGGAGUGGUUUAGAAAAUACAAAGUACCAGAUGGAAAGCCUGAAAACCAGUUUGCAUUCAGUGGACAGUUUAAGGAUAAGGACUUCGCCAUAGAAAUCAUUAAAUCAACACACAACUACUGGAAAGCAUUAGUGACGAGCAAAAAGACUAACGGUGAAGGAAUAGUUUGUCAAAACACGUCCUUGUGUGACAGUCCGUUCAGAUGCACUGAUGCAGAGGCUGGUGCCGUGCUCCAAGCCGCUCCAGAACACGGAGAACCCCUUCCAGAAUCGUCUGAAGUGGACAAAUGGCACUUCUUGGCAAAUUAAAAGACGACCUCACUUAUGGUCCCGUAAGAAGGUAGAGAAGAACAACAGCAAUUAACUGGGUUUUAAUAAUUUCCCAUGUACAAAGAUUUGUCAUUUGUGUUUGUUUUCUUUUGUAAAUCAUUAAAUGAUCAGCACCAGACACGCCAUUGCCAAAUCUUUAUUCCGUUUGUAUUAUACGCCAUCAAAUUAUGCACAUUAUUUGUCAUUUAUUACAAUGCACAAUGCCAUUUUUGUCUGGCCUGGAGAAUAUUUGGGACAAAGUUCCCACCAGGAGGUGCCGUGUUCAUGUUUCUGAUGCUCUAAAGGUUUGUGUUGUUUGUUUCACUUUUGGCAUUAUUUGAUCGGCCUCAACACAGUGAACAACUGCCUAAAGAACCAUUUCUUGUUAAUCAUUUUAUUUAUAUUGUUUUGUGUGAAAUUAACUUUAAUGAAUAAUUAAUGAGCUUGCAUGGUUUCAGUGUUUGCAAGUUGAUUUACUCUGUUUUUAUGUUAAGUCUGAAGUUCAUAUUCUACUCAAAAUGACCUUUUUAUGAUAUAAAGAUCUGUUGAUCGUCAGCAUCCUCGUGUUCAGUGUUCAGGUCUGUGUGCAAAAGCUCAGUCUUGCAAUGUGAUGUUGCUUCUGUUUCAUGUGGAAUGACCAGAAAUGUUAAAUAAGCAUUCUAGUACGUUUUUAAAAGCAAGGCUAAAUUCAAUGCUACAUGUAAAAUAUCCAAACAAACAGUGAGUAAAAUGAACGUGAAAAUGUCCAAUUAAAUCCACCAAUAAUCGUGUGUAGCCUUUACCUGAAAAUAUGCUCUUUAAAAGGGGUCAUGCUAAUAAUUGUAUUAUCUUUCCUGAGGUCCACUGAUAAUGUUAGUAAAGUUAUAAUUCAUCAGUCAUAAUUUAGUCAUAUAUGAUCAUCUCAGGCCCUCUGUCUGAAACACUCAGUUUUGGCUUCAGCUCCAACUUUAAACGGCAACGAAAACAGCCACUGUUCUGAUUGGCUAACAUCGUGCAGCCCCUUAAAUACGGCCAUGUUUGAAAUUCAAUCAACCUCACAUUUCAGGGAUUACACACAACGCACAUCCAACACAUUGCAUCCGAAUAUAUGAAACUGUUCAUCUCAUGCACGACUGUUAACACUCAUGUCCAGUUUACACCGGACGCGAGAGUCGCGUCAAAAGCAACAGAACUCAUUAUAUUCACUGAUGCUGCCUACCGUGGAAGCGUCCGUUACAGUAAACAGAUCUCCUGUUGUAUUUUGCGCUGGUAGUGACGGGCAUUCUGGAUCUUUUGGCUCCCAAACGGCUCUUUGAAAAAAUAUAUUUUGUAUUUUUUCCAAUUUUUAAAUGAAAUCAUACUCCACCUUAACCACAAUAUAUUUAAAAAUGCAUUGGUUUGAUAUGAAAAAGAAUGCUAUUAAUCAUUUGCUUUUAAAGUAUAACUUUUUAUUGUAUAUAAAGUGCAUAUAUAAUCUGAAUGAAUACAGUCUGAACAUCUGAAUAUAAUAUUUCACCAUAUCAAAGAAAAAAUAAAUAUCAAUGUGCAAAACUGAAGCAUCCCACAAAUUUAAAUAAAUGUAAAGAAGGAUUCUAUUUCAAAUGUAUCAAUUCUAAAUGAGUACAAUCUGAACAACAUCAUAAGUUGGCUCCGCCCUCCCUCACACAUCAUUGGUUCAUUGAUUGACAGGAGCAACGGGUGAAGCUGUUACUCUGAGCAGACCGUCAGAACGAAUGUGUGUGUGCUUGAGCAUUUAGGCUAUAUUAUUUUAUAUCUUUUUAUAAUAAUCAUAAUUUUUUUAAAAUAUUUUUAUAAAUAGAUUCUUCUGAUAUGCUCAUAGAGUCAUCUUGUUCGCAAACGACCCUUCACUAUGAGCUGGUGCUACUAAUGCCAACAACACAAACAACUGUGCCUGGUGUUAACAGCCUCAAGCUGUUGCAUUGCGUCAUGGUAACGGAUGCGCCCCGUGUAGACAAAGUGUCAGCACCAUAAACUAUCAAACCAUCAUGACAUUUCAAACAUCAAUGAAUGGAUAUAUCCUGCUCUCUCUGAGGAAGAACUGUGCCCCAGUGGGCGGGGCUAAGGGUGCGAUGAUGUAAAGUAGGCAUUGAUGUUGUUGCUGUAGGUGGUCAUUAAUUAUUUAGUACCCUUUGUGACAUCACUACUACACGGAUGUAGAGAAUAAGGUGUUUUUCAAUAAAUGCUUUUAUUGCAUUGGGGAUUAAGUUUGGAGUUCUGAAAUUCACAGUAUGUCAAAAUAUCAAGGAUGGCCUUUAUUAUAGUGGAAAGCAGGGUAUGAUUAUAUAAAGAGUCCAUCAUAUACAGCUACCAUUGAUUUAGAGAUGCACAUUUAGGAUUUUGUAUGCUAAAAAUAGUUUGAUUAGCAGUGAAUUAUUAAAUAAAGCACGUCUCCCAAAAUGGUAAGCUUUGCCAGUGGCUCAACUAAUAGGACAUACUGUAAAAGUGUUCUUGUUGAAAUGUUUCGGAGGGAAUGAGAGGAAGCGAUCGAGGAUGUCACCAGUUGUCUUGUACAGUAGCGACACUAAACUAAUGCACAGAAACUGGGAAGAACAACUUUUAUUAAUAUUUCUGCAAUCUUGACUGAAAUAUGGAAUAAUAAUGUGCUAGUUUUGGUCCAGUAAAGUACUUUUAUAUUUUUUGUAAACUUUCUUUUGUGUUUGUAUAAAGAAUAAAAGCAGGGUUUGCACAAGGGCUUUGAAGUGCUUCAUUUCAUACAUUUCUGCUUAAAAGGGCUUGAAACAAAUGUUAGAGGAACAAAUAUUCAUGUUGCAGAUCGUCUGUGUUGUGUAGUGAUGCAAAGAUCUGUCUGUCUGUCUAUCUGUCUACCUACCUGUCUGUCUACCUACCUGUUUGUCUGUCUGUCUACCUACCUGUUUGUUUGUUUGUUUGUCUGUCUGUCUACCUCUUUGUCUGUUUGUCUGUCUGUCUACCUACCUGUCUGUCUGUAUGCCUGUCUGUCUGUAUGCCUGUCUGCCUGUAUGUCUGUCUGUAUGUCUAUCUUCCUGUCUACCUUCCUACCUGUCUGUCUGUCUACCUGUCUGUCUGUCUAUAUGUCUAUCUUCCUGUCUACCAUCCUACCUGUCUGUCUGUCUGUCUGUCUACCUACCUGUCUGUCUGUCAACCUUUCUACCUUUCUGUAUGUCUACCUGUCUGUCUGUCUGUCUGUCUACCUACCUGUCUGUCUGUCUACCUUCCUGUCUACCUUCUUACCUGUCUGUCUGUCUACCUUCCUGUCUAUCUGUCUGUAUGUCUAUCUUCUUGUCUACCUUCCUACCUGUCUGUCUCUCUAUCUGUCUGUCUGUCUGCCUACCUGUCUGUCAAUCUAUCUUGUUUAUGCUUAACACAAAAAUAACACAUGACCACAUUAGAGCAUCAUC